AGACUAGAUGAUUGCAGUUUCAGCUGCAUCACUUUCUGAUAGGUUUUGCCAAGGCAUCUCGAAUUUCUGCUGGAAAACCAACGAGGUGAGUGGGUUCUGCAUAUAUGUAUUGGUACUUUUGAAUUUCUAAUUAAAAACCUGUAGCCCCCAAUUUGGGAAUUAGGGUUCCAAGCACCGUUAGUAUUUAUGUUUGUAUCCGCCCUUGAGGAGAAAUUUCCCGAUUGGAAUCAAGCUAAGGAGUUACAAUGCCAGUGAUACGAUUGACAUUUAUUUCUCUAUUAAGUUUUGGCAACAUCGAUUUUAGCCCUUUCCAUGAAGAACUUGAUUUUCCGAAAAACGUUCUUGCUCUGCGUGAAAUCAGAGCUAGAACCCUUUCCUAAAAUGGAGCAAGGAACUUUGUAGGGUGUUGGAUUUGAUAAGUCGUGGAAGUCUUUUAUGGGAGUUGUGUGCUUGUAUUGACUAGAGAAUUGGAAAUGGAGCAUAGCAUUUGGAGAAGUUUAUUGAAGGUGAGGAUAACAUGUUUGUCAAUAGGACUGAAAGAGAAUCUGAAUGUGUUUCGGCAUAAACCAGUGCCAAUCAUCUAGUGUUUAUCUUCCUUACGUGUGUUGAUCUGAUCCGACUAGAUGUGCAGAGACUUCCCCCUGAGUUUCUUACUGUUGCAACAGAGAGACGGGCAUUUUGGUGGCUGAGGUUCUUGCCAUUCUACCUGAUGAUAUAGAUGUCACUGGGUUCGUCAAGAUGAAAGUUAAAACUCUAGAUAACUCGAUUGUGUCAUCAUACGGCAGAAGAAAUGGGUGGAAAUGUGAAGAUGCAAACUGAACCUUAAGUUCUGAUUCGAAUCCGAUAGGGACGGGGACGUGGGACAAGGAUUAAGUGACCAAGUAAUUCAAUAAUGAAAGGAGUAUCUCAAUUCCUAGUCUGGUAUGUUCUGAAAACCACUGAACUUCCAAUUUUUGCUCUGUAGAUUAUUUCAGUAUCACUUCUUUAAUUUACUCAGCUUGCUUUCAUAUUAAAUAUGUUUUUGCAAUGGUAUAACUUGGAGGGGGUCUUGUUAGAAGUUAGGGUGCAAACGCCAUUCUUCUUAAGUUACUCUACUGUAGGACAUAGGUACCGGAAUUGGACAUUUCACUUUACCAAGUCGAUAAUGGCACAACAACACAGCAGGUAAUACAGUAUUACAAGAUUUAUUUAGUCUUUAGAUAUUCAUAUUGUUAGGAAUGUGAUAAAUGUCUUACAGCGAUAUAACAAGGCAAAAGGGCAAUAAUAAUUAAAGUUUUAGUCGUCUUAUCAAAUAUUUAUAACCUUUUCCCUGCCUCUCAUUCUGUAAAUUUAAUCUAACACUGAUCCAUACAAAACUAGUUCGAAGUUCAGAAUCCGCAACCCGCAAAGAGAAAAGAAAUAUCCAAAUAGAUGGAAAUCUAGGGAUUAAAAGUAUAGUUGAGAUAUUAGCAAAAUAAUAGUUUAACUAAGGAACAAGUUGAAAAUGCCAUACUAGUCAGAAAUUGUCAACUUUAUUACAGAGAUCAUGCACUGCACCUUUCAGGUUUCAACCAUUGAAUUGUUGCAUUUGGGAUUCUUGACUGAAUAAAUGUAUACUCAAAUGUAGAUCACUACUUGACCUAUUCAAUUUUGCAUCUCUGAAAGGUCAACAACAAUCUGAUUUUUGGUAGAAAUUGAAUAGUAAUUAGGUAAUUUUUAUCUCAAAUAACGGUACCCUAUUUUCUUCAAGGAGUUUUGGUCUCUUAGAGCACCCUCAAAUCUUCAUAAACCGGGCAUGACCUUCAGGCAAUCUUAAUUUGUGACUAAAGCUGACUGUUGCUAUGUUACAGGGUAGUGAAAUAGAAAGUUGUAGAUGAAAUGAUUAACACGACUGUGAUAGUGUGUUAGAAUGUUGUUUCUCUUCUGUUUGGGAGAUAUGCUUAAUAACUUAUUUACAACAUGUAAUCAUGAAAAUUAUGGUACCAGUAAAACUCUAUUUGAUUUAAAUCUAUAGACCAAGCAAUGAAAACAGUUGUGUGAAAUAGUCAUGCAGGCAAUGAAUGAUUCGUUCUGAAUAUUCUACAACAACUUGGAGUAUUCAAUUAUCCAUUUUUGUAAAACGCAAGGGUCGGCCUUAAUUAGAUGAUGGACCAUCUAUUGUUGUGUUUUUUUUGUUUUUUUCAUGAGUUUGUCUUUUGAUUGAACGAAUAUUACAACAAUGUCUGGAAAAGCAAUAGGUAUAGAUUUAGGAACAACAUAUUCAUGUGUAGGAGUAUGGUUGCCACAAGAAAAUCGUGUUGAGAUCAUUCCUGAUGAUCAAGGAAAUCGCACUACUCCUUCUUAUGUUGCUUUUAAUGAGACUGAACGUAUGAUUGGUGAUGCUGCUAAAAAUCAAGCUGCUAAAAAUCCUACCAACUCCAUUUACGAUGUGAAACGCUUAAUUGGUAGAAAAAUCGGCGAUAGCUUUAUUCAGAGUGAUAUCAUAUUAUGGCCCUUCAAAGUCAUUGCUGGCCUAGACAAGAAACCCAUGAUUCAAGUCAGUUACAAGAGCAAGGAUAUACAGUUCUCAGCUGAGCAAAUCUCAGCCAUGAUUCUCACUAGGAUGCGAGAAACUGCUGAAGCUUAUCUAAGUGGAAUCGUCAAGAACGCUGUUAUUACCGUCCCUGCUUACUUUAAUGAUUCUCAGCGUCAAGCUACCAAGGAUGCUGGUAAAAUUGCUGGCCUCAAUGUACUUCGAGUCAUCAAUGAACCAACGGCAGCUGGUAUUGCUUAUGGUCUUGAUAAGAAAGCGUCUGGUGUUGGUGCGGAGAGUCUUCUUAUCUUUGAUCUUGGUGGUGGUACUUUUGAUGUUUCAAUACUCACCAUUGAUCAGGGCAUUUUUAAAGUCAAGGCUACAUCUGGAGAUACACAUCUUGGAGGAGAGGAUUUUGAUAACAGGAUGGUGUAUCACUUUCUUCAUGAGUUCAAUACGAAGUACAAGAAGGAUCUUAGUGGAAAUCCAAAGGCUGUUAGGAGGUUGAAAUCAUCUUGCGAGAGAGCAAAGAGGGACCUCUCAUCAAAUGUUCGGGCAACCAUUGAAAUUGAUGCUCUAUAUGAAGGAGUUGAUUUUUAUACAUCCAUUACUCGUGCUAAAUUUGAACAGUUGAACUUGGAUUUGUUUUUGAAAUGUAUGGAACCAGUUGAGAAGUGUUUGAAUGAUGCUAAGAUGGACAAGAGAAGUAUACACGAAGUUGUCCUCGUUGGUGGAUCCACUAGAAUCCCAAAGGUUCAGUCUCUAUUGCAGGAUUUCUUUAACGGGAAGGAACUGUGCAAGAGCAUCAACCCUGACGAGGCUGUGGCUCAUGGUGCUGCAUUGCUAGCUGCUCAAUUGAAUGGUGAGAGUAAUGAGAUGGCGCAGGACUUCGUAUUGUUGGAUGUCACCGCUCUUUCUCUUGGUAUUGAGACAAAUGGAGGUGUUAUGGAUGUAUUGAUCUCAAGGAACACUACCAUUCCUACCAAGGCGGAACAUGUUUACAGUACCCGUGUGGACAAUCAAAGUAGUGUGUUGAUUAAGGUGUACGAGGGUGAGAGAACUAGUACUGGAGACAAUAACUUGCUGGGUCAGUUCAAGUUAGGAGGAAUUCCUCCAGCACCUCGUGGAGUUCCUCAGUUAACAGUAUGUUUUGAUAUGGAUGAAAACGGUAUAUUGAAUGUAUCUGCCACGGACAAGUCAACAGGGAACAAAAGUAUGAUCAAAAUUACAAAUAACAAAGGGAGGUUGUCUGAUGCAGAUAUUAAAAGGUUGAGUAGUGAGGCCGAGAAGUACAAUUCAGAAGAUGAACAACAUAGGAAGAGCGUGGAAUCAAGGAACUCCUUUGAGAAUUACGCAUACAAGAUGAGGGAUAAGCUUAGUAUCAGCAAAGGUAAGCUAUCAGCAUAUGAUAACAUGAAGGUGAAUUAUGCAGUCAACAAAGCCCUUCAUUGGUUAGAUAGCAAACAACUAGCUGCCAUAAGGGAUGUUUACAAUGAGAUGAGGGAGUUAGAGACUGUAUGCGAUCCUAUCAUUAAUAAGCUGAACCAGCAGAAUGGUGUAGGUCCUUCAAACAGAGCUAGGAGCUCUAUCGAGGAUGUCGACUGAAGUUGGAUCUUUCUUCUACUUUAGUUCAAUAAAUUUGCGCCGUCUUUUCAAUCUUGAAGUCUUUACAAUUCCUUUAUUCAGAUCAUGUUUAUAGUUCAGAACAGAGAAAUAGUAAGUUUAUACUUUUUGAAG